GGGAGAGAGAUGGAGCAGAGAGUCAUGUGAAGAAGCCUCGCUUACUUCUUGGCCUUGGAUUUGUACAGGGACUUGGAGGACGUGGAAAGAGACACUUGAAGGAGGCAGAGACUUGGGUAAUGUGAAGAUAGGCUUCAAGUUGAAUUGUUACAGCACCCAUAUUAGUGGAGAUUGAGUUAAUGUUUUUUUUCUUUCUGUUCUAUUUCAGCAUUUUUUGAUGAAGAAGUAAAAUUGGACCAGAGAAUGGCAAAUACUUAUGUCACUGCAUCUGAUGGGUACUGUCUUGCUGAACAGGAGCAGUACUAUGAUAUUUUGCCAGAGGAAAUCAACUAUCAAUUGAAUGACACUGAUUUCCAAGAAUCACCUUAUUGCCAGUAUUCUACUGUCCAGUUUCCGUCAGCUCUGCUGUCACCAUCUUUACCAAGGCAUUUCAACACUUACAGCUUGGAUUUACAGUUCAGCGGUGGAGACUAUGGACUUGGUUAUUGUGAACUAAAUAAACCUACGUAUGUGGUUGCCCUUGAUGCUGAAGAUGGAUAUCCUGGAAUCAAAAGGUCCAGACUAACUCAUUCUUCCAUACGAAUUAAGGGACAGGAAGAAUUCUGUGUAGUUUGUGGUGAUAAAGCCUCAGGAUAUCAUUAUAACGCGCUUACUUGUGAAGGUUGCAAAGGUUUUUUUCGUCGUAGCAUCACCAAAAAUGCUGUAUAUAGGUGCAAGAACGGUGGUCAUUGUGAAAUGGACAUGUACAUGCGUAGGAAGUGUCAAGAGUGCAGACUGAAAAAGUGUAAGGCUGUAGGAAUGUUGGCAGAAUGUUUGCUCACAGAAGUCCAAUGCAAAUCGAAGAGACUUCGAAAGAACUUUAAGCAGAAUAACUCUAACAUCAGCGUAGAAGAGGAGAGGGCAGACAAGCUGGUAUCAUCUACCACGUCUGGGAAAGUGAUUCAGGAAAGCAUGGAACUAACUCAAGAGGAAUAUCAGUUCAUUAACAACAUUGUGAUUGCUCAUCAAAAAUAUACAAUUCCUUUAGAAGAAACAGAGAAAUUUCUUCAGGAAUAUGCAAAUCCUGAACUGAGCUUUUUACGACUCUCAGAGACAGUUGCACUGCACAUACAGGGGUUAAUGGAUUUUACGAAGGGACUCCCAGGAUUUGAAAAUUUGACCAAAGAGGAUCAGACUGCAUUAUGCAAGGAAUCAAAAACUGAAGUGAUGUUCCUUCAUGUGGCCCAACUUUACAGUCAGAAAGCAUGUCUCUCAUCAACUUCUGAACAUGGAAAAGGUACCAUGAAAAUAUCAAAUCAUUCAGCUCAUUCACUGAAUUUUCAUGAUCAGAGUGGUGAUAGAAGUGUUAUUUAUUCUAUGGAAACAAUAUACAAUGGAGGUUGUCUUUCAACUGGACUAACUGGGAUUGCUGAGGAAUUUAUUACUACACUGUUCUACUUCUACAAAAGAAUGAGUGAGCUUAAUAUUACUAAUACUGAAUAUGCUCUGCUUGCAGCAACAAUUGUAUUUUUUUCAGAUCGUCCAUGCCUUACAAAUAAGCAACAUGUGGAAAAUUUACAAGAACCAGUCUUACAAAUUUUGUACAAAUAUUCAAAAAUUUAUCAUCCAGAAGACCUACAGCAUUUUGCCCAUCUCAUAGGGAGGCUCACUGAACUGAGAACACUGAAUCACAACCACUCAGAAAUACUUAGCACUUGGAAAACAAAGGACCCUGGAUUGGCUAGUUUGUUCUCUGAGAAAUGGGAUUUGUAUUCCCAGUGCUGAAAUUUUAAAAUGUUGUGGUUUAUCUGUAAACUUCUUAAAUCUAGGUUGCUUAUCCUAUCAUCAUAGAAUAACCAAGUUGAAAAACAAGAACAGGAUUGCUAUGUUACUAGUAUAGCAAUUUUGCCCAAAAUGGACACCAUCAGUGCUCAUCAAAUGUUGUGGAACAUAGGUCUGCCACCAGAGGGACUUCUAGGUUCUUUUCAAGAUUCAACUAAGAAGCUAUGGCUUAUUUUUACUGCAUGGUUCCUUCAAAAGGGAAUAGUACAAAAUUAGAGUUCAUACCCCAAGAGACUUUUCUUUUUCUCAUUUUAGUAGAAAAUGGGAUGGAAAUAUAGAGACAUUGAGAAGGCUGUUAAUUAUGUAACCAGAAUAAAGGUAAUUUGGCCAGAUUAAUGGGUAAGGGACAUUUAAACAUAUUCCUGUUAAAGCAUUUUGUGAAUUAUUAAAGAGGAACCAAAUUUUCUGUUAUACUUUUUCUUUUUUAAAAGAUUUAUUAUUUAUACAUACAAGAGCUGAGGUACAGGCCAGAGGUGUGGUGGGUGAGAGAUUCACCAGAGACAGAGUGGGGAACAGAACAGGCGGAUUGAAUGAAAUACACUGCUGAGGGGAGCGGUGGGAGAGACAGGAGAUGUCCCCUGUGCCGUGUGGGUUGUUCCCUAGCCGGCCAGGGAUCGAACUCGUGCUGCAGAGGCUGAGGAUUGUUUCAUAGUGCUGUGCUUAACCCCUUGUGCCACCAGGGAGGCCCUCUGUUUUAUUUUUCUUAAUGUUUUUAGAUAAUGAGAUUUUUUUUAUAAGACCAAAUAAAAAAUUUGUGGUGACAAGAUAUUGAAAAAAUCAAAAUGACAAAUCAUGAAAACAUU